UGGGAUUUUAUCGAUAACGGUAAUACUGUAAAUGUGAAAUUAAAACUGUCAGUAGGUGGCAGCAGGUCACUGUUAAUUGAACCGAAUCAUUUAAAGGGCGGAUUCAUUCAGGAACGAAACAGCGUCAUGUUUCUCAGAGACGCAAAUUGGAAUUAUAUUUGUUGGCGAAAUAGAGCAAAAACAGUCAAUAUUGUGUCUAAAACGUAAGUAUCUUAAUAUUAAAUUAUUGUUUAUUGAACUGCUGUAUAAAAUCAAUAUCACAUUUGUAACCUUAGUCUUCAUGUGAUACUGAUUAACUAGGGUGAAUUGCCCUAAAGUGGGACACCUAAGGUCUAGUGUUUAGGUCUCCCCCAUAAAAACACAAACGCCAGUGAAACUAUGGGUCAGCGAAAGCUGUGGUAUCUUGUCACUAAAAUCACCUGACCUCUCAGAUGUCCAGUCAUAUUUGGGGGCAGAGCAAUCAUCAGACAGGAAGCACAUUGUGUGAAGACCACCCAAAGAUCAUUCUCCACUCUCUGCAUCGAUAUCAGCCGCGGGUUCAUGUGAUCGAGGCCCGAGACGUGCUGAUGUGGGGCAGAGCCCAGCACUAUUUCAGCUUCCCUGAAACACAGUUUAUUACCGUCACUGCGUACCAGAACAGCAAGAUAACCGAACUGAAGAUAAACUCAAAUCCUUUUGCGAAAGGCUUUCGAGAGAAUGGCAUGAACUGCAAGAAACAAAGAAAUGCCAGACUAAAGAGGAAAAUUACAUCCUGUGAAGAGGAAUAUUUGGAUAUUGAGUCAAGUGAUCCAUGUGAUUCCACGGAGCUCCUCCCACAGUCGGAGGAAAUCCCAAGCUCCGCCCUCUCCAUGAUAAACACCACCCUCCCAUUAACAGACUCGGGUUUCCACAUAGAAGUACCAUCUCUGUCAGAUCAGACCGUCUCUGACCAACCCCUCGUGCUUGGACAGGCGGUCUUGAGCUCUGAGAUUCCCUCCUCAGUGGAGAGUCAACAACAGACAGCCUCUGAAAACAAUGUAAACAACACACUGAUGGAUGGGUCUGGACAAAUGAUGGGCCUCUCUGGAUACUCCUCAGCUUUCCCCAGUCCUCAGCUCAGCUCCUCUUUGCCUCAGUUGUCUUCCAUCUAUUCCGUGGUUUCCUCCACACAGAGCUCUGAGCUGGAGCUCCCACUGUCCUCAACCAUUCCCUCACCCACAUACUCCUCUAUGCCUCCAUCGCACUAUCCUGGUCUGAACACCUCCAGGACUAUGCCCUCUUCUACAACCUCUUCUCCAGGCUCUUUAUACCCUCCCAUCUCUCCGCAACCUGCUCCCCUUCUCAUCCUACCAUCCUCUUCUUCCGGCAGACCAAUCCCAGGACAACCUAAGCCCUCAUAUGCCCACAAAUCCACCUUUCCAAUCCAUUCCCCCCUCUUCUUGUCAAGGUUCUGGGUUAACGAUUGACCCUGGCUGAAAUCAAGUGGAUGAUGGAGGAUUUGGCUCAUCCAAUGCAAUGACUCCUGCAGUCCAAAACCCAACCCAAACGGCCUUUCCCUUCCCGCCGGUGCAGUCCUCACAUGAUCCCGAGCCAUCAUCCCCUCCAUGUAAGAGUCUAUCCUUCCCCCCCAGUGCCGCAGUGCAGCCCAGUUCCCACUCCUUCAAACCCAAACCCGACGCUCUUAUGCUC